AUGUCUACAAAACGUAAAAGUUAUAUGGUUAAACAAAAGCUUGAAAUUAUUUCAAAAGCAAAAGAAAUGUCUAAUAAAGCAGUAGUACAAAUAUUCGGUGUUGAUCAUUCUCAAGUAUCCAGAUGGCAAAAACAAGAAAAAAAGGAGGUGUUAAAUAAAUGGGUUGUUCAAUUACGACAAGAUAGUCUUGCAAAACUUUUGAAGCUUCAAAUUCUUGGUGCCAAGGAUUUAUGA